AUGGGAAACUCUCCGGCCCUCCUGGCUCUGAGGAGCGACAAGUACAUCCCCCACUCCGUGGUGCUGAUCACCGGAGCCACCAAGGGAAUAGGAAAGGAGCUGGCGCUGCGGUACGCACGGAGAGGCUGUUCUCUGGUGCUGGCCGCGCGGGGGGAAAAGGCGCUGCAGGCAGCAAAAGCUGAAUGCCUGGCUGCGGGGGCUGGGGGGUGUUUGGCGGUGCCCACGGACGUGACGAAAGAGGCGGCUUGUGCUCACCUCAUCAGCGAGGCUGUGAGGGAAUUCGGCCGCCUCGAUGUCUUGGUUUUGAACGCAGGCGUCAGUGCGCACUUCCCCUUUUCAGAAUUUGCCGAUAUGGAGAUUUUCAGGCGCCUUUUGGACGUGAACUUCUUCGGCUACGGCUUCUUUGAGGCGCUCAGAAUGGAGUGCGGCGACCAGGUGGACGUGACCAUCUGCUGCCCGCCGUCUGUGAAGACGGGCAUGAGGGAUGGGAAUGCCUUUGCAGAGGCCGAAAAGCAGCUGCGGCAGCUGCAGACUAACAGCGGCUCUGCUGCAGACGGCGACAACAAUGAAGCAAAACCCAGCAGCAGCAACAGCAGCAGCAGCAGCAGCAGCGACAAAAGAAGCAGCAAUUCAUUGAAAGAAACAGAAGGCGAAGACGCACAAGCAGCAAAUAAAAUGGACAAAAAAGAAACAGAUGAAAUGAAAGAAGAGGCGGACAGCCGAAUGCCCGUUGACGUCUGCGUGGACUAUAUCCUCAAGGCAGCAGACAAGCGGGCGCGGAAGGCAAUGUUUCCACUUUACUCAUACCUUGCGGUGUACGUACGGCCCAUCUUGCCGGGCAUUGUGGACCCGUUCAUCAAGCGGGCCGCUAAAUUGUAA